AAUGGCGCGCGUUUUGUCAUAUCCUGUUGUGUGUUGGUGAGUGCAUGGCCUCGACGUUGAUCCCGUUCCAAGAUUUUUAUUCCGUAACACCGCAGUCUUUCACAUAUGUAAUAUUAUCCCAAUAUAAUAUUCGUGAUGGUGUCCUGUAAAAGGCCAUGGAUUUGAUGAAAACGGAAUAUGAGUUCCUAGACUUGUCAGAUGUAAAAGAAGCGGAACUGAGCAGUCUGCAGUGUGCACUUUUCGAGAGGAAACCGGAGAAGUCCGUGCCCACCACAACUGUAGCGGGUUGGACUGAACCCAGCGCAGAUUUGUCAUCGUGUUCAUCGAGCACAGCAGGGCCACCGACCGUGUCGAGCAGCCUGGAUAGCCUGUCGGGCGGCGAGUGCGAGAUGGCGCCCCACUCGCCGCAGCGGGGCGCCGCCGCCCCCGCCCACGCCGCUCCGCACGCCCCGCACGCUGCGCCGCACGCCCCACCCUAUGUGCAGCCACCAACCUACCCGCCACCGCCGCAGUGGCCCGUGGCGCCGCCCAACGUGUACGUCAGCCAGGUCACCGCCAAUGUGAACGUGCACGGCUACAUGGGCCAGUAUUACCAGCCUCCGCAGCACCAGUACGUGCCGCCCGCGCCACAGGUGGAGCGCCCGCCGCGAAACCACCGGCGCGACAGGCGUGGCAAGAGACCUCCGUCCCCCUCGCCGGCGCCCCAGCCACCGCCGUACUACGUGCAGUACCCUCAGUACUACCCGGCUGCGCAAGCACAGGGCGCGCCCCUCUAUCAUCUGCCGGUCUAUCAGCCCCUCGUCUAUGGCCCCUAUGCAUACCCUCCAUACUACACCGAGUACCAGGUUCCGGUCGAAGGUGAGGCCGACAAAGGCCCGGAUGAGUACCAGCAGGAGGUCGUGAUGGAGCAAGAAGCGGUCGACGCUUAUUACGCAAGCGCACAUUACGCGGGGCCGCCGUAUGGACCUCCGGUUGAAAGUGGCGUCGAAUACAUACCGCCGAUGUACUUACAACCUCCCCCGCACCCGGGACCGAUCCCCAUGCAGCCGCAGAUCCCGCACCAGCCUACUCCCCAUCAGUUUAAUGUGCACGCUAAAAACUUUGUUCAGGGCCAGAACCACAACAAGAAUUAUGCAGUUCUCGACAAACCGGACAAGAAUGUUCCCGGUACGCCAUCUGCUUCGGCUAGUACUCCCACGGGAUCGGUCGAAUCGGUGCCUAUAAAAGAUCUGAAAAUUACCUGCAAGGAGCCUUCCAGCCCCAAACAGACCGAGCGACCCGCCGACUUAAAUCAGUCUAAACCGCCAACACCGAAUGAUAAAGUUUCACCUGUGCUCAAACAGGAUCCCACAAAACCCGCAUGGUCACCAAAUGAAAAUAAAGUCCCAGCCGACGCCAACCAGGCUCAAAACAUUAAUAAGACUUUCACUCCAUCUACCUCUAAUGGUCAACCUCCUAAUAAUAACAAGGUACCUCUAGCAAUGGGAAAACCGCCGAAAGGUCCCGCCGCUCCUUUUUCCGGUGGCAAACAGCCGACGAAGCCUUUGUUACCCCAAACGGCCGUGCCUGUCCAAUCUGUCUCCACACCUAAACCACCAUUUGGUAAUAGGCAGAAGCGAGAGGGAACAAACCGUUCUCCAUCUAACGACAACAACGACGGUGAGAAAACUAUUGAGCAUCCGAAACGCGAGCCCCCACUGCCGCCGAGCAAAGCUCCCAUGCCCAUCUCUAUUACCCUGAAUACUCAGGGUCCACCACUGAUUGUGUCGAACAAGUCACCAUUUGGGCAUUCUAGGAAAGCGGCUCCUAUUCCUGAAACACCUCCGGCGCCACAGCCACCUCCGCCUGCGCCCACUGCGUCAGACUUUCCCCCGCCGCCGACCCCCAGAAAUAGAGGGGAACCUGCGCCGGCGCCAGUUGUACAGCCAAACCCACCACCCGCUUCCGGCAAGUCUUGGGCUAGUCUAUUCUCUAAUAAACCUUCAACUAUAAUGACACCGCCCCAACCUGUAGCUCCGAUCGAGGAACCCUCGAGCCCAACUACUACAACACCGCCGAUCCCUUCUAAUGUGCAAAGGCCAGUUGCUAAAGUGCCGCCUUAUGAUGCUUCGCCGCUACUAAAUAAUGUCGCUGAUAAGGCGUCUACACCGAGACCAGCCACCAAUGUGCCUCCGACUGUGUCGUACUCAGAGAAGACGUCAGUGAAUGCUGUUAGCAAUGCACCAGCCUCGCAAGCGCCUGUUAAGACCAAUACAACGCCCACUCCAGAGCCGCAAGCAGCGCUCCCGAAGGAACCGUCACCUACUUUACCCAUCCAGCCGUCGCCCUUCAGUGAUGAUCCCAACUCGUACAGGAUGGGAGAAUUCCUGACAAAGUAUCAGCUAGACAAUAGACCGGUAUCGCUCCUGCCGCGUGGUCUUACCAAUCGAUCAAACUACUGCUAUGUUAAUGCGAUACUACAAGCGUUGAUCGCUUGUCCGCCAUUUUACAACAUGCUGAAAGCGCUACCUUAUCAGACGCGUCGCGGAAAAUCAAGCACACCUGUUAUAGACUCCAUGGUGGAACUCUGCUAUGAGUUUGGACCCCUGGCGAACACAGUGCGGCGUCGAGGCGAGGGUAGUAACGGUGCAGUAGCACCUGCAGUGCCAGCCGGACCACCUCUCGACGGCAGCGCCGGCCUCCGAGUGUUGCGAGCUCUGCACUUCCCCGGCUCGCAGGAGGGUAGGCAGGAAGAUGCUGAAGAAUUCCUGGGAUGCCUCCUCAACUCGCUCAAUGACGAGAUGCUAGAGUUGAUGAAGCUUGUGGAACCUGAAGGACCUAAGGAUGUCAACAACCGGCCAAACGGAGUUGUGCCUCCGGAACAACCGCCACCUGAGGAGGACGACGAUGAUGAGUGGAAGGUUAUGGGUCCACGUAACCGCGGCGCAGUGGAGCGGCGCUGGGCGGCGCGGCGCACGCCCGUAGCCGACAUCUUCCGCGGCCGCACUCGCCACCGCCUGCACCGCGCUCACCAUCAUGACGUCACAGAUGCUGUACAGCCUUUCUUCACGCUGCAACUUGAUAUUGAGCGUUCGAACACGGUGAAGGACGCUCUCGAGCUGGUUGCUGGCAAGGACACACUGGAGGGUGUGACAGACGCGUGGCAGCAGUUGUCCCUGGAGGAGCUGCCCGUGGUACUGCUGCUGCACCUCAAGUGCUUCCAGCUGGAUGCGGAUGGACACACUGCGAAGAUAGUCAAGAACAUUGACUACCCUAUUGACUUGAAGAUUGAUCCCAAGAUAAUGUCGUCCAAGUUGAAGUACACACAGAAGCAGAGACUGUACAAGUUGUUUGCGGUGGUGUACCAUGAAGGUGUUGAAGCGGUGAAAGGACAUUACGUCACUGAUACCUACCACGGUCAAGUAGGCUGGAUAAGAUAUGAUGAUUCAACAGUGACUCAAGUCACUGAUGCUCAGGUGCUUAAGCCGAAGCCACCUCGUAUGCCAUACCUGCUCAUGUACAGACGGCAUGAUAUGUUGCCACCGCACAGAGCAGCCGGGAAACCGGAAUAAACCGGUUUGAACCGGAACUAAACUAGUUUGAGGCGGAAUUAAGUGGUAUAAAUCCGGUUUUAUGUAUAUGGCAACUGAUUUACCAGUGAUGUGACAGUGAGUGUUUGGUGUUACUGUAAAUAUAAACUGUGCCUAUACAACUAGCUACUGCAUUAACUAGUUGUAAUUUCUCAUAUAUGUAUGUACAGAUACAGAAUGGUUGUAUGUAUUUCUGCAAAUUUUGAUUUUUUGCUUUUUUUGUACUGUUUGUAUGGUUGAAAUUAUUUUUGAUGUAAU